AUGACAGAAGCUGAUAAGAAUUUCUAUUUCAACUCUGAGAGGGUCAAUGUCAAACAAACGAGACUCAAGCUGAUCAACAAGCUUGCCAAAGCCACUAAGUACAACCACGUUCCUCUUGUGGUCACUCCUUAUAUGUCUGAAAGGUUCAACGCUCAGUUGAAUCCUUUUCAAUUUCAAGUGGCUCAACCGCACCAACAGCAACAGCAACAACAAGAAGAACAACAACUGCAACUGCAACUUCAACAACCACCAGAAAAUCAACCUCAACCUCUUCAAAUUCAACAAUCACCACAUCAAUCCCCUCAACCUUCACCUCAACAAUCACCACAACACUCUCCUAUACAACAACAACCAUCACAUUCAUUUGAAGAUGAGCCUUUACACUAUGAUUUCUUCGAACCACAACCAUCUUCAUCUGAACCCAUAUUACCACUAACCCAAACACAAUACUCUCCGCAAACACAAUCAACCUCACAACCACUUCCAUCAGAUUCUGCUAUCAACCCUGGGCUUCAAGCCUUCCAAGAUGACCUACAGGUAGCACGGGUACUUUCUGACUUCUCAUCUAACUUUAAUGUUGAUAACUCUGAGUAUGGUUGUAACUUUGACUUGUUUUGUCAGCCUUCCAGCAAUGAACCUGACAACACACAGGUUCAUAACCCUGCUGAUGAUUUUGUUCAACAAACUAUCUCUUCUCCAAACAGAACAAACAUCACUACUAUGCAACCUGUUCGUAAAGUUGCCCGGAAAAGGAGGGGGAGUAGUUUUGUGUCUGAACCCGUAGCUCUGUCUUCCCAAAAAAAGCAAAGGGUGGAAGCCUCGGAGACAACUACAGCCACAUCCUUGCCGUCCCAAAAGGGCUUGGAUUUUGAAAUGGAAAAUAUACAGUCUCUGGAGUCAUUCUCUCAACAGAAUGAAUCCAUUAAAAUUGAUCGUCCAGCCACGGUGCCCUGUAAAGAGUCAAGCACAGCUCUAGCACUCACGCGAGUGCAAAAUCAAGCCAAUACACAGGAGCUGCUUGGCAAUGUGCAAGUAGAUCUGCCGUCAAUGGUUUCCGGAGGACAAUUUGUUCCUCCACUACCUUUGAACCCAUUUCAGGGAACAUUGGUAGUAUAUACAGGUACAGCUAGAAGUGUGAAUGAAAUGAGAGACGUAAGGCAAACACCGAUCGAUACACAUGCACGUGAGGAGAGUGAAACAGCUCUGAGUGUACGUGAGGUGAGUGCAUACACUGACCAGGCUCUAUUUGAGGAACGUAUGUCUAAAUUACAAGCUGAACUGGCCCGGAUGAUUGCAGAGAAUGAAAGACUGAAAGGUGCACAGUUGGUCACCUUAGAAAAGAAAGUAGAGGGGGAGCCAUCUAGUUCUUACAGAGAUGAACUAAAGGACGAAAUUCAUGACUUCUCCUCUUCAAAGUCAACAGCUCAGGAAACUGGAGAGGAUCCCUCAACUAAGGGGGAGAAUAGGGACAAGGGUGGAGAAGACAAAGGAAAUAGCUCCAACCAAAGCAACAAAGGGAACACAAAUACGAACACUUCUGAUUCUGCACCUGGCAGAGAUACUGAAAAGUCAAAAGGCACACAACCCAUGCAACAACAGGAAGACAAUUAUGAUGCUUAUCCUAAGGAGAUGGAUGAUGAUGAUGUGUUUGAUGCCACUUACUGCCAGAAUCAUGAAGAUGGAGUGUUUGAUGAAGCCUAUCUGUUCCACACUGAGGAGGAGGCUAUAGAUCUUGAACAUGAAUAG